AUGUUUUCAUUCGCAAAGAAAUUAGUGGAUAGAUUUGAAGGGCAUACUACCGAGCCAUCCAAUGAUUUAUAUUUCAAAAAUGCUACUCAAAUAAAUAAUAGAGGUCAUGCUUUACGAGUUUUAAGUGUAAUACCACAUUCAAUUGCACAUAAAAAAGGGUUUGAAUCUUGGUUUGAUUAUAUUAUUAAAAUUAAUAAUCAUGAAUUGCCAAUGCUUUAUCCAUCUUUAUCUAACUACUCAUAUUCAAUAAAUGAAGAUGGAACUAUAAAUUAUGGAGGUUCAGCGACUUCAGAACAAGCAGCUGCUAUAAAUUAUGAAUUAUUAGCUAAAGAAUUAUCAACGUUAGCUAAAAAUAAACAAGAAUUGAUACUAGAUGUAUGGAGUGCAAAAGGUGGAGUAUUGAGACAAAUAAGCAUUGAAUUGGAAGAUUACGUACCUUCAGAAGAAGAAGAAGCAAAUGGAUAUAAAUUAUUUGAAAAUAAUUUUAAACAAUUGGGACUUACAGUUGAAUCACAACAUUUAAAUACAUCAACAUUUGUUUGGAGAAUAUUAAAUACACAUCCUGGAUCUCCAGCAUUUAGAUCACAAUUAGUUCCACAAUCUGAUUUCAUAAUAGGUUGUGAUUCAGCAAUUGAUCCAAAUUCAAAAGGUUUACUAAGUAAAGGUGGUGAAUCAUUACUUUCAAAUACUGUUGCAAAUUAUUAUAAUUAUCAUCAAAAUUCUAAUGGUGAUAAUGUACCGAUAACACUUUUUGUUUAUAAUCAUGAUUAUGAUAUUUUACGUCCCGUUACUGUGAAUUUAUCACGAAAUUGGGGAUCUGGUCAUAAUAGAGGUAUUUUAGGUUGUGAUGUAGGAUAUGGAAUACUUCAUAGAAUUCCUGAAGUAAUUGGUAAAUUUGAACAAAAUUCAAUAAUUGAUGAUGUUUUAUUUAGUCAAGAUCAAAAUCAUGAAGAAGAAAUUAUAAAUCAACCACCUCCUCCAAUUACAACAACAAUCAAUGAACCACCAGCACCACCAUCAAUUGCAUCCGUACCGCCUCCUCCAAAAUCAUCUGUGAAUAAAAAGAAAAAACAUGUGGCUUCAUCAGCUGUUGAUGGUUUAAGUGAUUAUAUGAAUGAAGAAUUAGAAAAAUCAAAGCAUUUAGAUGAAGCUUCUUUACCCAAAACAAAAUCAGAAUCUGCACCACCUCCACCUCCUCCAAGUAGUAAAACUAGUUGA